AUGGCGGGGCGGAACUCUGACUCUCAGGGCCAGACAUCCCCGCUCGAGUCUGGUGAUUCGCCGCGGCCCAGACAAGCAGCCUGUCUUGUGUGCCGUCGCUCAAAGAUUAAAUGCGACUGGAAACCUCACCAGGAACGAUGCAGGAGAUGCAUUCAGCUUGACUGCGAGUGUGUGCGUCCCGCAUAUCAUCCCGGACGGCAAAAGGGUAUUAAAAAUAAACGGACGGGGUUGGAUAAGGCGCUGUAUCAGAUUGACCAGGCUGUCAAGCGCGCCAGAUCAGCGUCGCAGAAGAAUCCUGAAGAUGAUAGAAUUCUGAACCAUUUGCAGGAAUUGCUCAGCAAUGCUAAUACACCUGAACACGCGACUCGUGGGUAUAGUGUUAGCGGUGAUGGCGAUGAAGAUGCGUACUCAGAAGAGGAGGAGGAGCAAGACCCUGUAGCGAUGCCUGAUUUCAUUCAGAGAACACAACAUAGUCUUGCUAUUGAUGAUGCAGAGAAUCCACUACAGCUUCUCGCGAGGGCAUCGUAUAUCCAACCGUCGCCAGAGUCGCGACAUGGCAAUUCUCCAAUACAGGCGCAUACGGCUAGUACACAGGGUCAUACGGAGGAUGAAAUUCAAGCAUUCUUUGCGCCGGCGCAAGUCCAUCUUGAUGUCGGACCUGAUGUCGAUCCUGUUUCUCUGGGGCUUGUGUCUGAGGAAGAAGCGGAUAAGCUCUUUAACUUAUCAGUUGAAAUCGUACUUGCUUUCAUGGUCAAUAUUCCAUGGAUGUUUCCAGGCCAGCAUUCAACCGACGAUGAGACAUGUACUUAUAUCUCGAUUGCCAACACAGUUGCGACAGAUCUAUCACUUCACAAAAGUCUCAUCUCACCAGAAAUGAUCGGUUCAGGGUCCGGUAUCGGUCUAGCAAGGGGAGACUGUCUCGACCCAAGAGCUGCCCUCGCAAUGGAUGGAUUCCCCGAAAUCGAUCCAUGGUCAGAAAAAGGAAGACUAUUUCUUCGAAAUCGCGAACGAUGCUGGUUAUCGUUAUUUGUUCUUGAGCGAGGAAUGUCUUUGGCCAGAGGACGACCUUUUUCAGUGCCGAUGACGAGAUCUUUGAAAGAUUGCGAUAACUGGCAUCGUUCUGAAUAUGCUGAUCCUCUUGAUGGCCAUCUUGUUUCCAUGGCGGUGCUGAGAAGGGAUUUGGAUGCGCUGUUUGCUACUGUUCGUGCUCUUUGCGAUGGAUCUCAGAUGGCGUCUAGUGAUGGAUCAUUAAUCGCGCAGUCGAUUCAAGGGUCGAUUGAACGAUUCUUUGAUCAGUGGUACACAGAAUGGGGCGUAUCGAUCGGAAAAGGACCAGACCGUCGUCUCCCUCCUUACGUCGAAAUUCUCGUCACACAUACCCGAUUGUCCAUCUACGGCGGCGUAAUAAACCAUCCAACAGCACCCCUCGAAGUCCGCCGUUUCUUCCACACAGCAGGUCUCUCAUCCGCCCUCAACGUAAUGCGCGCCGCAAUCCAAGGCGAAUCCCAACUCCAGUCCAUGCCAAACAACACAGCCAUCAUGAUAUCUUUCGCAGCCUGCUUCGCCCUCACACUAAGUUCCUACGCAACAGGCGGAUCAGCCCUCGCCCCAAGCGUGCGCAACCUCAUCGACGAAACUGCCACGGUGCUCGAAAGGAUCGGAAAGGUCACAAGGCAUCGGAAUGGUCUUUCUAUCAAGUAUGGGAAAUACCUUAAGCAGAUUGUGAGAAGGGCUGCUACCGGAGACGGUAUAUCGGACCCGAGGAUGCCAAUUGUUAAUGAAGCUCCGAUUACUACUCCAACGUUUUUGGAUCAGCAAGCGUUGUGGCCUGAACCGUUGCAGUUCUCAGCUAUGUCUGAUGACCAGAUCGUUCAGGCGCUGAAUCAGCCAGGUAACGAUUUUGAACCUUCGUUUGGGGGUUUAUCAUGGGAGGACAUGACUAAUUUCGAAUGGCUUUACUGGCCUGAAGUUGGUAUAUAA